AUGAACACUCCGCCGCCCGAGACUACCAAGGCACAGCGUGCCAACGAGCAGGCAAACAGCGACGACGAGGUCGCCACCACUCCUCCACCCAUUACGCCGACCGCGCCGCCUCCGCGCGACGCGGUUCACUGCGCAUGUGGAGCGCACGACGAGCCACCUCUCGCUGUGCUCCUUCGCACGAUCGACUUUGCCGCCUGGAAACACCAGUGUCAGCGCAGGAAGGACCUCGACCAGACGCCGUACAUCAACCACCCGAUUGCCGUGGCGAACAUUCUCUCGUCGUGCGGCGUUAACGAUAUCCACCUUCUCCAGGCGGCGUUGCUACACGACACGGUCGAGGACACGAAUACAACUAUCAAGGAGAUCGAGGAGGCGUUUGGGUCUCCUGUCGCCAGCAUCGUUGCAGAGUGUACCGACGACGUUUCGCUUAACGGACUGGAGCGCAAGGCCGAGCAGCUUCGUACAGCUCCCUUCAGGAGUCGUGAAGCGCAGCAGGUCAAGCUAGCCGACAAGCUUCACAACCUCGAGAGUAUCCGCCGCUCACCGCCUGUCGGCUGGGGCGUGCGCCGCAUCCAAUCGUACUUUAUGUGGGCGAAGCAGGUGACAGACGUCUGCGCACCCGCCAACCCCGAACUCUCGCAGCGCCUGACGACGCUUUACAAGACGGCGUACACACAUGUCGACGGGCAGUAUUUCCCCUGCCAUCCUGAGAUGUGUGGUGCGUUGACCGAGGAGGAGAAGGGCCGCGUCGACAGCCGCUUCGCGACGUGCAAGAGCGGCGAGGAACCGUGCCCUCGGACGCUGUUUUUCUGA